CCCGGUCCUUUCUUGUCGUCUAACUUCAUCCAAAUGUUCUUCUAUCUCUGUAAUAUCAACAUGUUUUCUCCAGCUACGCUUAGACUUCUUACUCACACGUUUUCGUUUCUUUUUAACAUUGUCUUGAGCGUUUUCAACUCCUUUUCCCGACUCCAUUUUGAAAUAUUUAAAAACACGUGGCUCACCGCCUGUUCGCAGGCUACACGCUGCUUGGAUUACGCAAUACUUUUGCAAUAUAUCAAAAAAGCAAAUUAGGCCUCAAAAUAUGGAUUCAAAGUAUGCACAAAAACUUAAAUUCUUUUUUACCGACAUGUUCUUUAAUACUAUUGCCUUUGAAUAGUUUCAUAAAAUACAUUUAUAUAUAAACGGAGUUGUAGCUACAAAAUGAAUAUUAUCUAGAAUAUCAAAUACAAUACGCUUUGUUCUUCUCAAAGUAUUUAUAUUAUAAAGAGUUCCUGUAGCUUGAAAACUCAAGAAUACAAUAAAAUUUCCAAAUACCUCUUUGCAACGAGUUAAAACACCCACACACAGCUUUAUGUAGAGUUUUUUAGCCCCGGAAAGAUAUCGGGACGAGGUGGCCGAGUGGUUAAGGCGAUGGACUGCUAAUCCAUUGUGCUCUGCACGCGUGGGUUCGAAUCCCAUCCUCGUCGAUAACUUUUUAUUUCAUUUUUCCUUUUUUUUUCUCAUUCGAAAGCCUCCAACUUUCUCCGAAAGGCGUUCGUUUAUACAUUUCAACAAAGUUUACAUCUCCAAAAAUUCUUUUAAAAAUUUUGACGCAAAAAUGUUCACAGAAAAUUUAAAUUCCAGUGUUACUAUGGCAACCAAUGUUGGUUUAGGUUCGAUCAAAAGAUCAAGGCAUAAACAGUCCAUCUUUUAAUAAACCUGCUUUUAAUUUAUUGUGUCUGCAGGAUUCUGCUUUAAAUCUCGAAAUCUUAUUCAGCAUAUUGAAAAAAAUGAGCUGAGGGGUUGGUGGUUAAUUAAAGAAACAAAAACGAUGGAUAUCACUGACCUAUUCUAGCCAUUUUUACCUUCUAUGCUACAAUGCAAAGUAAGUGGUUGUUUAUAAAACACCUCAAAAGACCUUAUAUUCUUUUCGUAUUUCUACCAAAUUAUUGAAAUAGAUAGCUCCAUUAUUAAGUUGUGUUUUGUGUCAAUACUAAUCCGUUUUCUCCACAGAAUACCGAGUUUUGGGGAAGAAGGGGGAAGGGACAUUUUCGGAAGUGCUCAAAAUCCAAAAUGUCCGGGAUGGGAGUUACUUCGCUUGUAAGAAAAUGAAACAGCAUUAUGACAGGUACGGUAGCAGAAAUGUCCUUCACCUUCAAUAAAGUGUUCCUUCUUAGUUUGUAUGUUUGAAAUACUUUGUGUUCUAGCCUAGAACAAGUUAACAAUCUUCGCGAAGUACAAGCAAUGCGUCGUUUGACCCCUCACCCGAAUGUAGUCGAUUUAAAAGAAGUCAUAUUGUAAGUGAAGGAAAUUCGUGUAAUAUAGUUUUACUGUAAACGUACUAAAGUUUCCUAAAGGACAAUUUAGCAAUACAAUGCUUGUUUUUAGUGACCGAAAAAGCGGGCACUUGGCUUUAGUUUGCGAACUAAUGGAUAUGAAUCUUUAUGAGCUUAUAAGAGGUAAAAUAUGUUAUCAUUAUUAAAGAUAGCGUACACUAUUUGUCCGUUUAUAUUUAAAAUUUUUACAAGGUUUAAUGAAUACAGCUUACCGGGCGGCAUUUCAAAAAAAAAUAGUAGAAUUAGAAUUGAAAAUAAGUGUAUAUACUUAAUAUCACAAAAACGUUCGCAAGAAAUUAAUUAGAAAUCUUUGCGUCCGAAUAUAUUCUGUGGAAAAAUGCACAUUUUUUCCCCGUUUCUAAAACCUUUUUUAAAAUAAACUGUCCGCGGUUUGUUUAGUUAUUUCAUAAAAGGCUAGACUGUUUUAUUUGAUAAUUUCAUCAAAAGGAAAUAUACAGUACAACAGUGACAUGUUAAUUUUCUAUAUGCUCUUGCCAGCAGCUGAUAAUAUAUUUAUCUUUUGUCGUCUGUCAAGAAAAUUAUAAAUUCUCCUUUGAAAAUUCGACAUUUUGGGCUUUAAAUAAGCAAAUAGCAGAUGUGUUCUCGGUGUUCCCUACCUAAAAGAAGAUUAAUGUAUCAGAUGUUUUGGCAACUAAGUUCUCAAAAAGUGUGCUUUUAAUUUUUUCUAUAUAAAAUUUGCCCAUUUUUGAAGCAAUUUCAAUGCACCUGUCUGUUCUUUAUGAGAACGUUCUAGCCGUGUUAAGCCUUGUAAUAUUUUAAUCAUACAGUGUAAAUUAUACAGCUGUCAAUAUGGCAUAAUUACUCCAGCACUCUGGGACCAGAGUCCAGUAAAAUGGCUGUGUUUCUGUUUUAUUUUUUACCCAAAUACUCAUUAUUCAACCAAUAAAGGGAGAAGACAUUAUUUACCAGAGGAUCAAGUAAAAAACUACAUGUAUCAAAUAUGCAAAUCUAUUGAUCACAUGCACAGGUAACAAACAGUCUGUAUGAGAAAGUAAUACUGAACAGGAAGUAUGUAGUGAUCACUCAACAGGAAGUGAUUAAUAUGCAGUGGCUCUCAACAGGAAGUGAUUAGUAUGCAGUGACAUUCAAACAGGAAGUGAUUAGUAUGCAAUGGUACUCAACAGGAAGUAAUUUGUAUGCAAGGGCAUUAUAACCAGGAAGUGAUCAGUAUGCAUUGACACUCAACAGGAAGUGAUUAGUAUGCAGUGACACUCAACAGGAAGUGAUUAGUAUGCAGUGACACUUAACAGGAAGUGAUUAGUAUGCAGUGACACUUAACAGGAAGUGAUUAGUAUGCAGUUACACUCAACAGGAAGUGAUCAAUACACCACAGCUAAGUUUUAAAGUACAUGCAUAGACUAAGGACCAUAUCUCAUAACCAAGACUAUUCUUUGAUUAGGAAUGGUAUAUUUCAUCGAGAUGUUAAGCCUGAAAAUAUCUUAGUGAAGGUAAGAAUGUGAUAGAUCAAAAAUGGUUGUUCUAAUUGUGGAAAUGAGAGAAAAAAUUAUUUCAAUGUUUCUAGAAUGAUGUUGUAAAAUUAGCAGAUUUUGGAUCAUGUAGAAGUGUAUAUUCGAAGCAACCCUAUACAGAAUACAUAUCAACUAGAUGGUUAGUAAUCAAUUGUUACAUUUGGUAAUUAAUUUAACAAGGGUAUUACAUGUAAUGAAACUAAUUAGUUAGCAUGUACUAAAUAAUGAAUUGGUAAUUAAUUGUUGAAUUAAAUCGACUUUAAGGUACCGUGCACCAGAAUGUCUUCUGACAGACGGGUAUUAUUCAUAUAAAAUGGAUAUCUGGAGUUUAGGUUGUGUAUUUUUUGAAGUUCUAAGGUAUGGGACGUAUUUAUUAUAGAUUUCCAUUGCCACAUUCUGUCAUUCAUAAUGUCACACACUAUUCUGUACAUAUUUCGUUCUUCUUAUUAGUUUACAUCCAUUGUUUCCUGGUUCAAACGAAGUUGAUCAAAUCGCAAAAAUCCACGACGUUCUAGGCACACCAGCUCAAAGUGUUCUACAAAAACUCACAAAGUAUGUGGCUCGCCAAUAAAUACAAUAUUCGUCUUGGGAAUUAUAUUCAAUGGACAGAAUCUCAAACAGAUGAUCCGUCUGGACGAACUUGGGCAAAGAAAAGAUAGUUAAUCUAAUGUUGUGUUUAAAAAUUCCGACAGCUUGUCAACAAGAUGUGUUCGCACUGCUUGUUCCCAGUUGUUGACAAGUCUGGAACAAGUUGUUAUCAUCUUGUAACAAGGUUGAUGAGGCCAACAGACUCGCUACAAGUUGUUCCAACAAGUCUGAUAUCGUCUGCACGUAUAACAAGUUGUUAACAAAUUGAUGACAACAAGUUCGUAGCAACUCGUUACGAACAGCCUGUAUUAGUCUUGUUGGAACAACUUGUAGCAAGUCUGUUACCGUCAUCAACCUUGUAACAAGAUGAUAACAACUUGUUCCAGACUUGUCACAACAACUGGGAACAAGCAGUGCGAACACAUCCUGAUAUCGACUUCACAACAACCUUGUUAUAACUUGUUUGCAGAUCUAACAACUGGCGCGAUUUUACGCGUGUACAAAUCAUGCAAAUUCCUUUCUUACAAUGGUAAUUUACUUCAUUUUGUAGCAAAUCACGCAGCAUCAAUUUUCAAUUUCCACAAAAACAAGGAACAGGGAUACGUAAACUGCUCCCGCACGUUUCAACAGAAUGUAUAGAACUUAUAGAACUCAUGUGUACCUACGACCCUGACGAAAGGUAACGUUUGAGAACGAUGGAAAUUCUUCACUUUUGAUUGUGAUAUACGAAAUUCAUUGACUAAAGCGUGGUUUACACUAUCAAAGUUCUGUGAUCACAGCAGGAAUUUUGCAUAGGUAACUUCUAAGGUUUGAAGGACUUGUAAGAAAUAUUUUAGGGAACGGAUUCAGUGUUAAACAACGAAUCAGUUUCUUCAAACAUUUCUUACAAAUCCUUCAAAACUUAGAAUUUAUCUAUGCAAAAUUCCUACUGUGAUCACAGAAACUUUGAUAGUGUUAACCAGACUUAUUGGAAGAUUGUUAAUAAUUAUACUGCUAUAGUGCCUAUACUGUAUAUAUGACAUCACAAAUUAUGUGUUCUUUUUUUCACAGAAUUUCUGCGAGACAGACUUUGCGUCAUCACUAUUUUAAGAAACUAAGGUAGCGAUAUUUUGAAUUGAAAUACAGUCGAUGCUCUAGACUUGCUUCAAGUCUCUCUCUGUGUUUCCGAUAAAGAAUUCUGGGGAGGGAAAGUAGGGAUAGGAGAGGAAAAGAGUGGAUCUCCCAGGGGCUUGGGAAUCGAUACGGAGUUUGAGAAGUCUAUUGAAACUCUAAUAACAGGCUCCAAUUAACGGAGGUCGUUUCAAAUGUGUCCAAUGAUGAGGAACGCCAAACAUCUUCAAACGCUCCAAAGGAAAACCUACAAGGAAUGAUAUGCUUUUUAACUUUGCCUUCCAGAGAUGCAGAUAAGAGAGCGGCUGCCUUAGAGAAGGAAAGGCAUAAAGAAAGAGAUCAACAAUCCAGGAUCCAUGGUGCAAUUCUCACCAAACACAAAACUCACAGAAGACCAAAGGUAACGAAACAUUGUUUGGAUUGAGUGAGAGUUUCUCACUCAUUGGUACGUGAGCAGAUUUCCCAACAGGCAAUUGCCCAAUUGACAGGGGACCCGAGGUACCUACGAUUCUAACGUCCUUGUUCGAGAGGACGCAAAAGUCCAACCAUUUACUGAUGUCAAUGUAAAGGUGUAGCACUUUCUCCCGAAUUAUUUUAAGAGCUUGAGUAAGGAUUGAACCCGAGUCUCCCAGCUUGAAAGGCAAGCGAGCACAAGAGCUGAUUGAUGUCUAGUUUUACCUUCUGCAGAUUCUACGGUUUAUAUAGAAGUUCAUAUAUGUACACUUUCUCUCUAGAAAAAGACCUACCAAGAAGAAGCUAAGCCUAAAGUAAGUUUUAUAAGUUAUAGUAGUUCUCAUGCAACUUUUGUUUGGUAUAACUUCUCCACAUCAACAAGAGAACUCGAAUGCAUGGCGAACAAUGUAGCGACCCAGAGAACAAUAUGGCAGCCCAGAUAGAAACUUAUAGCAAGUCAAGAAGAGCAGUAUAGGAUUGUGACCUCCUUUGCAACACCAAUCAACAAAUGUAAAAGGAGAAUAAUUGAAUGCGUUUCUGUCUUGCAGGGUUUACUAGGAGAUGGAAGCUUCCUCCCUCGCAUAGCGGGAGCAACACGUACAUCCAACACAAGUGUCAAAUUUCCAACUGCCUUCCCAACCAUCACCAACAUACAACCCAAAGAUAACAACGUCAAGGUAGAAUGUUCUUCUUCAUAAUAUUUUGUUUACCAUACUUAUAUUCUGUACACCGAGUGUGUGUUCAGUGUAUUGGAAGGCAAAUAACUGGAAUAAGGAGAUAUGGGAUAAUUUUCUUCCUCUAUGAGCUUCAACGAUUAUGAUCAGUAUCGCUGCUCCUUGACGGCUCAUUGAAAGCCAUUUUUUUAUUUCUUUUCAGCCACAAAAUGUCAAACAAAUGUUCCCACAUUAUACGUUACCGGCGCUGGAAAAACACGGAGGACACUGAACCUAGGAUUACUCAACAUGAGAUUUUGAUAAGUAAUGAAGACGUGUUACCACCAUUGUGAAGAUUUUAGGUCGUCUCUAAAAUAACCAAGAUGUGAAAAUAGAAUUGCAGAAAUAUCUGUUUAAAUAGGAAUUUGUAAAUACUCCUGCGUCAAGAACAAGAUCUAGGAAAAUCAUGAUGGAUUCAUCAUGGCUGUACGUAUGAUGGAAUAGUUUUUGUACGCACAAACUUUUUAGUUUGUGAAUUGUAAUUUAAUUUUAGGUUUACCGUAUUUUUUAAAACUUUGCACUCAAUAAACUUAUAUUUUUACACUGCGUGUUACAAUUAUGUUUAUACAGUAGGACAGCAAGCUGUCGAAACCCAGGUGAAAGUCGCCAUUACACUAUCAAAGUUUCUGUGAUCACAGUAGGAA